CUCCAGAUCCCGUCCGCGUCAAACGUUCGAUCGUGUGUUCACCGCGCGCGGCCUUCUGAAUAGUUCCCCACAACAACAAAAGCAACAGCUCGAGUUCCGAAUUUCUCACGCCCCAACUUCGAGUUUCGAGAGUACCAAACAACGGCGGUUCUGUCCAGCUAGAUGAAGCGAUAAUGAGCAAUAACUGCUACUAUCAGAUCAUAAUUGUGGCGGUGGCGAUCGGCGGCAACAUCCUCAGCUGGCCCACGGCGGAAGCCGUUCGUUAUGUUCCAAAAUGGAAGAAACAGGCCUGUGAGCUACCUUCCGCACAGAACGAGUACUCGCAUUACGUGUGCGACGACAAUGGCGACGUCAAGUGCUUACCCGGAUGGACCGGGGAUCUGUGCGACGUACCAAUUUGCAAGAAAGGAUGCGAUCCUCUGAACGGAUACUGCAAGCGACCGAAUGAGUGUCGCUGCAAGCUUGGAUUCUACGGGGAUAACUGCAAUCGUUGCAUUCCACUGCCCGGCUGUCAGCAUGGCGGUUGUCAAAUGUCCUUUGAAUGCGUUUGCCAUAAAGGCUGGGAUGGAAUCUUCUGUUCUGAACCAAUCUGUCGAGAAGACUGUCAUCCAUCCCGUGGAUACUGUGAAAAACCGGGCGAAUGUCGCUGCCGUUUGGGAUGGUCAGGCCCCACCUGUCGGGCCUGUCAAGUCCUACCUGGAUGCCAACACGGCACGUGUACGAAACCACUAGAAUGCAAAUGUCUGCCUGGCUGGACCGGAAUUCUAUGUCAAACGCCAAUUUGCGCUAACAACUGUAGCCGUGACCAUGGUUACUGUCGCCGUCCCGGCGAGUGUCGUUGUCGUGUUGGCUGGAUGGGAGAUGAAUGCAGCAAGUGCCAUCCCUACCCUGGCUGUAAGAACGGCGACUGCCGCAGACCCUGGGAAUGCAACUGCAAGCCGGGUUGGGGAGGAAUGCUUUGCGACGAAGAGUUAAAUUAUUGUGAAAAGAAUCCCAACACUUGCCAGAACGGCGGAAAAUGUACUUCUAUGAUAAAGGACGAUGGUUUCUAUCGAUGCGAAUGCCCAUCUGGUUAUAAGGGAAUGCGCUGCGAAAUUUUGCCGCCAUCGAUGAUGGUCAGUUCGACAAGCACAACGGUGGCUACUACGAGUACUACCGAAAUGGCCGACAGUCCGGAGGAGCAAGAACACGAACAAAUGACCAGCUUGAGGCUACAGAUCGGGAAUGUAACGACGCAAUUUCCCGACGAUGAUGACUUGAGCGAUGAGUUCAGCGCUGAAGACGUUGAUAACGAAGCCUAAAUGAUGAAUCAAAAUUUCUCUAACACGAAAGAGCAUUUACUUAUUUAUUAUUUAUGAAACAUAUUUAUUAAACAAAACAAUUAAGCUGCUAGACCAGUAAACUACUUGCUAUUCCUUCGGAAGACUUUCCAACAA